AUCCCACAAACCGUGAGAUCAUGACCUGAGCUGAGAUCAAGCAUUGGCCACAACUGAUCGAGCUACUCAGGUGCCCCUACAGUGCUGGGCAUCUUACCAGUGUGGAUUUAUUUCAGAGACAAGAGCACAGAGAAGAUUGUGGGAAACAGGAGUUCUUAUCCCAAUCUAGUCUGAGUUGACUUCAGUAGGCCACAUCCUUUGGGAAAAACCAAAAAGAAGGCAUUUUUUCUUGCUGCUCCUCUAUCCACUCUUGCAUGGGUUGAACACUGAUGUGUUGCUUUUUGUCCCAGCAGAACCAACCAGAGCCUGUGUCAGGAGAGGAAACUGGAGCCAGAGUGCUCCAUGCCGGAACUGAGGCUUCUCCUCUUAGGCAAAAGUGGUGCAGGAAAAAGUGCCACAGGAAACACUAUUCUGGGCAAAGCUGCAUUCGUGUCCAAAUUCAGUGACCAGAUGGUGACUAAAACAUGCCAGAGAGAGAGUGGGUUCACAAAAGAGAGAAGGGUUGUGGUCAUUGACACCCCUGACCUUUUCUCCUCAAAGUCUUGUGCCAAAGACAAGCAACGUAACAUUGAACACUGCCUCGAGCUCUCUGCUCCCAGCCUCCACGUCCUGCUUCUGGUAAUCCCCAUCAGCUUUUAUAAGGUCGAGGACAUAGAGACAGUCAAGGGGAUCCAGGAGGUGUUUGGAGCUAACUCCAGGAGGCACAUCAUUAUUGUCUUCACUCGGAAGGAUGAUUUGGAGAAUGACUCACUGAAGGAUUGCAUUGAAGAUGAGAACUCCCUUAGGGAGUUGGUUGAAAACUGUGGAGGCCGAUACUGCGCUUUUAACAACAAGGCAAGUGAAGAUGAGCGGGAUGUCCAGGUGAGAGAGCUCCUCUGCAUGGUCCAGCGUUUGGUGGAUGAAAACGGAAGACCAUAUGUCGUGAAUCUCAGAAAUGAAGGCAGUGGAUUCCUGGAUCAUGUGAAUGAAGCCACAUCUCAGAAGGGGGACAAUCCACAUGGGCCAGGGGAGAAGCAGCUGCAGGCCACAGGGUGUGAACCGAGCCCUGAGUUGUUGGAACUGAGGAUCCUGCUUGUGGGGAAGCGUGGAGCCGGAAAAAGUGCUGCCGGGAACAGCCUUCUGGGGAAGGGAGUCUUUGAGACCAAAUUCAGUGAAAAGUCGGUAACCCAGAUGUUUGCGUCUGUGAGCAGAAUCUGGAGAGGGAGGAAAAUUUGGGUCAUUGAUACUCCGGACAUUGCAUCUUCAAAGGACAUUAAAGCUGAGCUUCAGAGACAUGCCCCUCAAGGCCUCCAUGCCUUCCUGCUGGUGACCCCGCUGGGCUCUUUCACCAAGACGGAUGAGGCUGUGCUGGACACCAUCCGAAGCAUUUUUGGAGAGAAAUUCAUUGAGUACAUGAUCGUCCUCCUCACCAGGAAGGAAGAUCUAGGGGACCAGGAUCUAGAGAUGUUCUUGAAAAGCAAUAAUGAAGCUCUCUACCAGCUCAUUAAGAAAUGCAAAGACCGGUACAGCGCCUUCAACUACAGACUGACGGGGGCAGAGGAGCAGUGCCAGGUGGACGAGCUCCUACAAAAGAUCGUGGACCUGGUGCUGCAGAACAGGGCCAAGCCAUGCGUCACCAGCCAGGAAGGUACAUAUUGUGUAAAACACAUUUUAUAUAUGCUUUUGACAGCCAGAUGUGACAUGUGCAAGAGCUUUCUAUUUUCUGAAGGGCAGAGAGAAGCUAAAGAGGACAGGUCCAGGCUCUUGACGAGAUUUUCUCUUUCUCCUUCCUUUCUCAAAUAUUCCUAAGGUAAUGAGCCUU